UAUAGUGGCGGAUCGGGCGUCGGCGGGAAUCGGGAGCGUUAGAUUAUUUAUUUACCUAUUUAUUAAUUUAUUUAUUUCCCCUGCCAGCAAUGGCUGGGGUCCAUGGCUGCGGCUGCUGAGAGGCAGGUGCAAUAUCAUCGACGAAGGCAUUUCGCUCCUCGGCAUGGACUCAGCUAGGGCCGAUCCACAGGCCGGCCCACUGCACAUCCACUGCUUCCCGGAUCAGAUGCUCUCCGCGGGAGGAGAGCACUAGCUGGGCCGCGCCUGGAGGCGAUACAACGGGCUGGCGGUGGGAGAGGAGGGGGCCCUCUUUACAUCAAAAUACUGGAGCCAGUAUUUUCAGUACCGAGCUCAAGGUUAUGCGCCGUUACACGCAACAAGAGCCAGUUUUAAUUCCGUGAAUCGACGCUGCUGCACAAUGGCAUAAGUUUUCUUUAUCAGAGCAAAGACUGUGAUUGAAUGUCCCCCUUUUUCUGCGCCGAGCGGAUCCAGAUCUUGUGACAGUCUCGCCUUGCAGGCCUGAAAAACUGUUUGAGCGCAGCCUCCUCAUCUGGAAAACAGAAGCCGGCUCCAGCUGUCAAGAUGAUGGAGCUGCAGAUCGACGAGGUGGUCUACCAGGACGACUACGGCUCCGGCUCCGUGAUGUCGGAGCGGGUGUCGGGCUUGGCCAACAGCAUCUACCGGGAGUUCGAGCGGCUGAUCCGCAGCUACGACGAGGAGGUGGUGAAGGAGCUGAUGCCGCUGGUGGUGAACGUCCUGGAGAACCUGGACGCGGUGCUGACCGAGAACCAGGAGCACGAAGUGGAGCUGGAGCUGCUGAAGGAGGACAACGAGCAGCUCAUCACCCAGUACGAGAGGGAGAAAGCUCUGAGGAAGCAGGCGGAGGAGAAAUUCAUUGAAUUCGAGGAUGCGCUGGAGGCCGAGAAGAAGGACCUGCAGGUGCAGGUGGAGUUUCUGGAGCUGCAGGGGAAACAGCUGGAGCUCAAGACAAAGAACUAUUCUGACCAGAUCACUCGGUUGGAGGAGCGAGAAUCAGACAUGAAGAAAGAGUACAACGCUCUGCACCAGCGGCACACUGAGAUGAUUCAGACGUACGUGGAGCACAUAGAGCGGUCCAAAAUGCAGCAGGCAGGGAGCAACAGCCAAUCAGAAGGCCCCGGCUGUGGACGAACUCAACGCCACACAUGGAGGAAAAGCAAAGUGGAGCGCCCGCCGUCAUUGAGCCUGUACCCCAGCGGCGAGGGCAUGGAGGAUGGAUCAGAGUCCGACUCGGUGGCGGCCACACCCAGCAGCACGGGGAGCAAGUCCAACACACCCACCUCCUCCGUCCCCUCGGCCACUGUCACCCCCAUCAAUGAGGGCUUCCUCCCGCACUCUGACUUUGAUGCGACGCGGGCCGGGAACCGCAGGAAAAGUGCCAAGAGGCUCAGCCGGAAUAUGGAGGUGCAGGUUUCUCAGGAAACCAGGAAUGUCAGCAUCGGCAUGGGAAGUAGCGAUGAGUGGUCCGAGUUUCAGGAGAUCAUCGAUUCCACCCCUGAGCUUGACAUGUGUGUGGACCCCCGUGUGUACGGAGGAGGAAACAGCCCCUCGCAGGGCAUAGUGAACGAGGCCUUCGGCAUCAACACCGACUCUCUCUACCACGAGAUCAAAGACGCCAAGUCGGACAUCAUUGGAGAUGUAGAUGCAGGCGCCGAGCUGCUAGGCGAGUUCUCAGUCCGUGAUGAUUUCUUCGGGAUGGGCAAGGAGGUGGAGAACCUGCUGACAGAGAACAAACAGCUCCUAGAGACCAAAAAUGCUCUCAACAUUGUGAAAAAUGACCUUAUUGCCAAAGUGGACGAGCUGUCCGGGGAGCAGGAGGUGCUGAGGGAGGAGCUGGAGGCUGUGAGGCAGUCCAAGAACAAGGUGGACGCCAGAGUCAAGGAGCUGGAAGAAGAACUCAAGAGGUUAAGAGCAGAGGCUCUCGGUGCCUCUCGGGACUCCAAGGAUGAAGGAGGCGAUGAUUUCUCAUCACCCAUGCAGGAUGGCGACAUGACGAUGACGCAGCGGAGGAGGUUCACCCGGGUGGAGAUGGCCCGAGUGCUGAUGGAGAGGAAUCAGUACAAAGAGAGGCUGAUGGAGCUGCAGGAGGCCGUCCGGUGGACCGAAAUGAUCAGGGCGUCCCGGGAGAGUCCUCCAAUCCAAGAGAAGAAGAAGUCCACCAUCUGGCAGUUCUUUGCACGUCUCUUCAGCUCGUCGUCCAGCCCGCCGCCUGUCAAGCGGCCGUACUACAGCGUCAACAUCCACUACAAGUCUCCCUCGCCGGCUGGCUUCUCGCAGCGACGCAGCCACACCAUGUGUCAGAUCUCCACCUCCAACCGCACGCUGGAGUUCUUCCCCGAAGAACUGGCCAGUAACGGUGUUGCGUCUCUCCUCAGUGACUCGGCACUGUUGGCCCGCCGAGAACAGCGGCGUGAACAGUACCGGCAGGUACGCGAGCACAUGCGGCGCGACGAUGGCAUCAUGCAGGCCUGCGGCUGGAGUGUGCCGUCUCGCUUCAAACAGACUGGUGGUCAGACGGACAGCGCUCAGGACAGCCCGCUGAAGAGACAACAGACCACUAACGAGAAGGAGGACAGCCGCAUGAAGAACGUGCCCGUCCCGGUGUACUGUCGUCCUCUGGUGGAGAAGGACCCCAACAGGAAGUUGUGGUGUGCAGCUGGGGUGGACCUGACUGGAUGGAGGGCCAGCAGCCAGGAGGCGGUACCAGCCAAAGCGCCGUCAGGUAGCAGCGACCCCCUGCACGCUGAGGAGGACGGAGCUGGCAAGAAGAGCAGCCACAGCUCCCCAGAGAAGAGGAAGUCCAAGGAGCUCCAGGAAACAGACACCAUGAGCAGUCGAGUGUGGAUCCUCACCAGCACCCACUCUGCCAGCAAGGUGGUCAUCAUCGACGCCAACCAGCCGGGCUCGCUGGUCGACCAGUUCAACGUCUGCAACGCCCACGUGCUCUGCAUCUCCAGUGUGCCAGCUGCCAGUGAGAGCGACUAUCCAGCAGGAGAGAUCGUGUUGGAUCCAGGUGACUCUGGAGCAGGUGGAGGCGAUGACACCGGCAGCGUGGAGGGCAUGCUGGCAGGUAUCACUCUUGUGGGUUGUGCCACCAACUGCAGUGUCGCCCGUAGCAACUGUUCCUCACGCACUGACACGCCCAUAAUGGACAAAGGACAAGCCCCCACUGCUCCCCUCAUGAACGGGAAGAUUCACCCCGCCCAGUCGGCCGAGGAGGCCACCGAGGCCACCGAGGUUCCCGAGUCAACCGCCAGCCACACAGAGCUGGGACCCCCAGGACCAUUUACCGAGCACGUCUUCACCGACCCCCAGCCUCGCCCAGCGGACGUCUCCGACAGGAGCGCCGGUCAGUCCAAAGAGGAGACCUCUCACCCUGCAGAGUCAGAGGACGGAGGUGAAGAGGCCAAGAACUACACCAGCAUGGCCCCCACUAUGUGGCUCGGGGCCCAGAACGGCUGGCUCUACGUCCACUCAGCAGUUGGAAACUGGAAGAAGUGUCUCCACUCCAUCAAACUCAAAGACUCCGUGCUCAGCCUGGUGCAUGUGAAAGGUCGUGUGCUGGUUGCCCUCGCCGACGGGACCCUCGCCAUAUUCCACAGAUCAGAGGAUGGUCAGUGGGAUUUAUCAAACUACCACCUAAUGGACCUCGGUCGGCCUCAUCACUCCAUCCGCUGCAUGGCUGUGGUCCAUGAUAAGGUUUGGUGUGGCUACAAGAACAAGAUCCACGUCAUCCAGCCCAAGAGCAUGCAGAUCGAGAAGUCCUUCGACGCCCACCCUCGCAGGGAGAGCCAGGUGCGGCAGCUAGCGUGGAUCGGCGACGGCGUGUGGGUGUCGAUCCGGCUUGACUCGACCCUGCGUCUCUACCACGCGCACACACACCAGCACCUCCAGGAUGUGGACAUUGAGCCAUACGUCAGCAAGAUGCUGGGUACUGGCAAGCUGGGCUUCUCUUUUGUGCGAAUCACAGCACUUCUGAUUGGUGGAAAUCGUCUCUGGGUAGGAACUGGAAACGGUGUGAUCAUCUCCAUCCCCCUGACAGAGACGGUGGUCCUUCACCGGGGACAGCUCCUUGGUGUGAGGGCCAAUAAGGUGUCUCCUACAUCGUCCAGUGGAGUGAUCCACGUGUACGGUGACGACGGCUCUGAGAAGAGCACCGGCAGCUUCAUCCCCUACUGCUCCAUGGCACAGGCCCAGCUGUGUUUCCAUGGACACCGCGAUGCUGUCAAGUUCUUCGUCUCUGUACCCGGCAAUGUUCUGGCCACCCUGAACGGCAGCGUGCUGGACAGUCCAUCAGAGGGGCAGGGCUCAACGGCGCCCCAAGAGACGGAGGCCCAGAGUGUUCAUAACGUGUUGGUGCUGAGUGGAGGAGAGGGCUACAUCGACUUCCGUAUCGGAGAUGGAGAGGACGAUGAGACGGAGGAGGGAGAGAGUGCUGGAGCUACGCAGAUGAAACCUGCUUUGUGCAAAGCUGAGCGGAGCCACAUCAUAGUGUGGCAGGUGUCGUACAUACCUGAGUGACACCUGGAUCUGCUUUAACACCUUACCCACUCAUCUCCUUAAAGAAAUCUCCUCCUCCCCCCAAAAGCUUCCAGCCACCCAAACCUUGUAAUUAUCUCCGGUCAUGUAAAAGUUCCCCCUUGGCUCUAAAACGACCCUCCAAGCCGUAUAUUGUCCCUUGUAACUAUGAUAUCCCCUCCUGCCCCACCACCUUGUAACUUUAAUGCCUUGUAAGUACCUCCUCUGAUCUAGUAAUCUGCCUGCCAUCCUGUUUCUGUCCCACCCAGGGCAUUGUAACUAUCUUCAUAAGCCUUGUAACCCAGCCUCAUAACUACCUCCCUUCUCUGUAUUGAUCUUAUAUUCACCCUGUAAGCACACUGUAUCUCCUCCUAUAUUUACCUCAAUUGUCCUGCAUCUGCCCCAGAGUUACUCCUCCUCUUCCUCCACUUAGUUUGUCAUCUGUGAAACCUCCACCUCGUCUUAAAGCAAAGCCCAGAGGCCCAACAUUUAUCAAUUGCACAAACAACAAAAAAAGAACAGCAGUGUGAAUAACAACACUGAAUUGCAUUUCCACCAGAAGUCUGUCUGAUUUUUCCAACAGCCAAUCAGCAAUCAAUAACCAUUUAUGCCAUGUGAACCCUAUUCAAAUGGAGUUAAUGGAUGCAGAUGUCAGGUGUGUAUGGAUCCAUCUUUGACUGUGUUUGUGAGUGAAAACAAAUGCAAUGAGACAGCAUAUAGAAGUCUUGUUUUAAAUUUAAGAUUGUGGUGGAUGGUGAACAAGUUUGGGUUUGUGAAACAUUUUAGGAUAAGUGAAGGUACGACGACAUGGAACAAAUGGAAAGUCAAAAACAUGUUGAAUUCAGCACAGAAGCCUGGAGGUUUUUUUUGGCUGUUACUUGAAAUAUUUUGCAUCCAACCUUGCAGUCACAUCUGUUUGAACAGUCUCAAUUACUGACGUUUGCUCACUUUCUACCCUGAUUUUACAAAAGCUUGUGACUUAAUACAUAGUAACAGACCCCAAAUGACAGGAAAUAUGUGGUGCAGCAGCCUGAUGUAAGUCAAAAGGACACAAGUGUCAUGCUGGAGUAGAAGGGGUUUGAGUGUAAUGUGUCGAGGGCUCAGUCUGAGACCUGUUUCUCUCGUCUGACUGGCUGUUGAUCAGACGGUUCGGUGUAAAGCAGGUGAACAGUGAUGUGCUGUCAUUAUUUGUACAGGGAUUAUUGUAAAUCUCCAGACACACUGAAGCCCAUCCUCUUUGUUCAGUAUGGAAAUUCAUGCAUUGAUCUCUAUCUGUGUGGAUUAAAUAUUAAACAUAUU